CGUAUAAAAGAGACGACUUGCGCUCUCCGACUUCAGUGAUCUGCUUGCAACGCCUUACGCCCUUGCACCUGUGAUCUGCUUGUAAAGCCUUCAUCAUGAAAUACGCCUUGUUACUCGUCCUAGGCCUUGCUGUUGCCUGUAUGGCUCAGCUCCCUUGCGUCCCCAGCAAGCCCAAAAACCUCCGCAUCGGGUACGUAACCGCUCACGAUAUCGAAAUCGAAUUCGAAGACCCUGACGACAUCGACCGAUGUCCGGUCAUGGGCUACCACUCGGAAAUCGAGAAGGUCCAGGAGACAGGACGUGUACUUCAGAAAAGUUCCCUGACGCCAUCAGACCAGUCGCACUACCACACGUUCUUUUUCCUCAGCCCCAACACCCUCUACAAGAUAACCGUCACUGCCAUCUCUAAGUUCGAUAUAGCCUCCUUGCCGGCUACCAUUGAGGCUGAAACGCUUCAUAGCUAAAGUACCCCGCUCCAGCCCCACCCCCCAGCACUCCAAAUUCUCCUGUGGGGAAGAUCUCAGACCCUGGAAGAACUGAGGGGGAUGGUGGUCUCCCGGGCCGACACCGCUGCAAUUCGGUGCCUUGUAAAAUGCAACAAUAAUAAAGAUUGAUAACAACAAA